UCCAUUGUACUCAAAGAAAAAAGAGAAAAGAAAAAAGAAAAAAAAAAAAGAGAAGAGAAAAAGAAAGAAAGAAAAAAAAAAAAAAAAGGAAAACCAAUCUCCCUUUUUAUUUGUAUCUUCAGAAAUGGAAGAUGAAGAUCAGAAAGAGUUACAGCUUCUUCCAACACCACACUCCAUAGCAUCUUCGUCAUCCCACAUGUCAUCCCGUCCAUCCGACUCCUCGUUACGGUUCCGUUCCGAUCCAUUCGAAGCAGGAUCAGGAGGAUCGGUGGACCUACAGCUAUCAAUAAGCCUAAGGCCAAUCCGGCCAGUAACGGCAGGGGGGGAGUGCUUGUUCAAGUACGAGGAGGUGAUGAAGCCGGAGGCAGCGAGCUGUGUGGAGGCGCUGAAGUGGCAAGCGGCGGAGCAAAUUCGGCUGGCGGCGAUAGAAAAGGCGUAUGCUGAGAGAGUUAGAGAACUGACAAAGAGGGAAAUAGAACUGGCUCAAACGGAAUUUGCUAGGGCAAGGCAGAUGUGGGAAAGAGCAAGAGAAGAAGUUGAAAAAGCUGAAAGAAUGAAAGAAAGAGCAACUCGUCAAAUGGAUUCUACGUGCAUGGAGAUCACUUGCCAGUCUUGCAGGCAGAGGUUUCGGCCUUCUUAAUUAUUAUCUUUAAUCAUAAUUUUACCUCAUUAAUUACCCCUUUCCAUUUCCCUUAAUUAUCCAGAGUUCCUUUUAAUUAAAUCUCUGCUUGGGUC